AUGGAGUGUAAUAGCAUUCCCAAUUUGUCAGACUAUGGAAUCAGCCCUGAGCUAGGGUUUCUGCCCGCCGAAGCUUGCCUGGAACGACUUCCUCAUCCUUACUACUCACCCUGGGAGAAGCUGGUUGCAUGCCUACCAGUGUUGCAUAAGAAGCAACAACUACGCUCCCACAUCGAACAGCUACCCAUAUUAGCAGUGUCAUGGUUGACAAGCCCUCCGGAAUGGAAACGCGCGUAUGUCUGUCUGGUGUUUAUACUACAUGGGUAUAUUUGGGGAGGAAGCCAGCCACGGACGAUCAUCCCCCCAUGUAUCUCCAUCCCACUCUUGGCCAUCUGUGAUCGUCUCGAAGUACCGCCCAUAGCAACUUUCGCCGGCCUGUGUCUAUGGAACUACCGACUGAUCCGACCCGAUGAACCAACCCACAACCCGGAAGAUCUCCUCGCCACAGCCACAUUUACCGGAGACCACGACGAGGAGUGGUUCUACCUCAUCUCCGUCGGGAUUGAGGCGCGAGGAGCACCAAUGAUCCCAGUCAUGUUGCGCGCAAUUGCCGGGACCCAUGUCGAAGACACUCAAACACUCAUAACGUGUCUUUCUGCAUUGCGCGAUACUCUACAAGAGUUGGGAGACCUUCUCGAUCGGAUGUACGAACGGUGUCAGCCGGCCGUCUUCUAUCAUCGUUUACGGCCCUUUCUGGCAGGGACCAAGAGCUUGGAACAGUAUGGUCUCCCCGAUGGCAUUUACUUUGAUGUUGGGACAACAAACACAAACAACAGAAUGGGAUCACCGAAGCUGGAAUCAUACCGCGGAGGAAGCAAUGCCCAAAGUUCUCUCAUUCAGUUUUUCGAUAUCGUCCUCGGGGUAAAACACCCUGCUGCGCCUGGGGCUGAAGGAACGACACAGCACAGCUUCCACGACGAAAUGCGCGGAUACAUGCCUGGUCCACAUAGAAGGUUUCUCGCAGAUAUAUCCCGAGUGGCGAGGGUGCGAGAAUAUGUCCACGCCCGCCGAGGGUCACAUCCGGAUCUUGCGGCUGGUUAUGAGUCCUGUCUACAGAUGCUUAAUAGGUUACGCGCGAAGCACCUCCGCAUAGUCUCUGAUUAUAUCAUUAAAGAAGCAAGAAGAGGGAGUGUGGACGGUAGUCAUAACUCGGGGGCAGUACAGCCUGCGCCUAGAACCAAGGCUGCGAGUCGAAGGUUUCUAGGCACUGGCGGCACAGAUCUCAUUCCAUUUCUAAAAAGGACCAUCGAUGAGAGCGUCGAGCCUUUGCGGAAGCUGGGUGUGCGCUGA